CGUGUGGGGUGUUGACGUUUCGCCACAUUCCCGAACAAGACUACCAUGGAUUUGACAUAGCCACUCACCGAGGCGUUUCUCUGGAGUUUUGUGCCGAACGCUGUUGUGCACACACGGCGUGUGUGUCGUUCCAGUACCGCAACAUGUCUGACUGCUACCUAAAAAGAAAGCUCAGCUCAGCCGGGCAGAAAGUUCCUUCGUCAGGCGGCAACAUGUACGAUCGGAUCUCAGACCCCCCUCUUGAUGUGAGUUUUGUUCUUGUGACUGAGAAGAGUCUUACCAUCACGUGGAACACUCCGAGGCCUACCCCAACUUUCUACGACGUCACCUACACAAAAUGUGAUGACGUCGAGACCAAGACGUUGCCGGGAGACGUCACGAGUUUGACCGUAGACGGACUACGACGCUCGACGGAGUACGGGUUCACUGUUGUCGCGGUUGGGGAGAGAGGCAUCAGCGAGCCUGCACAUGUGACACAGGCAACCUUACCGCCAGUGCCUUCCUCUGGAGGGUUUUGUAGCAUGGAAUCACCCGUAAGGGUGGACAACAUCACCCUAGAGUACGUUGGGUGCCCUCACUGGUGGCACAACCACCAGGAACUUCCCUACCAUGGGGUGACGUCCGACGUGAUGACUGUGGAGUUCUGUGCAGAACACUGCAGAAAGGGAGGAUACCGCUAUGCAGGUGUGUUUUUCACAGUGCCCAUUCUUUUGAAAAACAAAACAAAACAAAACAAAAAAUAAAACAAUGUAUCUGCGCAUUGACAUCCACCAAGAACCGUUUCACAACCAGAACCUUGUGGCGACGACGGUCAUGGCGAUCGCACGCUUCUGCUAGAAUAAGUUAAAUUGUGUCUAACCGUGCGAUCCAUUUAAUAAUUUUACAUUCUACUAGUUUGCUGAUGUAAGUUCCUUCUACUUGAGUAGUUUUUGCGUACUUUGGUCUAUGCUCGCUGCAAAUACGGCGGUAAUUUAGGAGCAACACAAAACCCAAGCCGACCCAAGCGCUCGGAACAAUGGCGACCGUUGGAAGUGACCCUGAAAAGUUGUACUCGGCACUCGGAGUUUCACCCACAGCGACUCACGAUGAAAUUGUCGCUGCCUACAAGACAGAGCUUCUGUUGUAUGAAGAAACACGCAAGCUCAGCAGGACAGACAGCGUCUUCAAGGAAGCUCAUGCAAAGCACAAAGAGGUGAGGAAGGCUUUUACUGUUCUUUCGGACGCUUCCCGUAGACAGCAGUACAACGACAGCCAUACCAUCCCUGACGCGCCAAGAUUCUCCAAGAAAUCGCUGAAACAGCCUAGGAACUAUUGUAUACAACACAACGCUCAAAGUAUCAGUAUAUACCUC